AUGUUGCAUCACCAGUGCAGGUACCUUCCACCAACAGUCAAGGUUCCUGUACUCAGGUACAUGCCGGAGACACCUAGUGGCCUAAACUGGUAUUACAUCAGAGGAUUGAUCACGUUUGUCUAUGACAUCAUCAGACCGCGCUCCUGCCUGUCUACAGACCGCGCUCCUGCCUGUCUACAGACCGCGCUCCUGCCUGGCUACAGACCGCGCUCCUGCCUGGCUACAGGCCGCGCUCCUGCCUGGCUACAGGCCGCGCUCCUGCCUGGCUACAGACCACGCUCCUGCCUGUCUACAGACCGCGCUCCUGCCUGGCUACAGACCGCACUCCUGCCUGUCAAUAUGCAGUUUGGGUAUAUCAGCUGGUGUCUAAGCUCUGCACCGGUCUUGUCAUUGCAGGAGAAUUGGAAAGUGAGCAUCUCUUUCGUGGUGGAGAACCAGCAGGAGGAUGAAGUGCACACGCGGGCCCUGUCACAAGCCGUUUGGGCCCCCCAGCGCAGGCUCUUCAGUCUGGUAUCCUGGGACAAGGUUCUGGAGCAGGUCCACGAGCUGGGAAACCCCAAGAUCAAGAAAUCCAAGGACGCCCCUUUGUAUUACGAGGUCACAGAAGCAGCAAAGUUUCUCCUGGACGGCGGCGGGAAGUUACCUCUUCCUCUGAUCGCCAAACUGCUGAAGUUCCAGUUCCUGAACAUCAAACAGAGAGAUCUGCAGAGGAGGGAGAGCGGGCAGAAGUCUGCGGCGGACAAGCCGAAGCCAAGAGCAGCAAAGAGUCCCAAGGGCAAGAAGUCCAGUGCCAAAGGUUCAGCCAAAGGAAAAGGCAAGAAAGUCCCCGAGGCUCCGCCCCCUGCGAAGACAGACACCGCCCUGAAACGGCGCGGGGAGGAAGAGGACGCCAACGCUUAUAUAGAUGACGAGCCGGAUGACGGCCCCCAGCACUAUAUCAUCGUCCUCGGAGUCUACCACCCGCAGAUUCCCCUCCUGCUGGCCGAUCUCGGCGUCAAUGUGUCCAGCGUGAUCAGGAUAUCAUCGCAGAACUACACGAGCCUGCCGGGCAAUCCGGCAAAGGGGGAGGAGCAACCAGAAGCCGUAGAGGCCGAGACGCGGAGGAAAAUGGCCGUCACCAAGUCCCUGGAAGUCUUCUGGAAGUACCUGGAACCGGUCCUGGAAAGCCGGAAGAACCGAUCACCGUUAUGUCAGAUUGCUCAACUGCAACACCUGGUGAAGGAGAACGUCCAUCCCACAGACUGGAGCCAUGCUGAGCAGCAGCUGGAAUACUCCACAGAGGUGUUUGAGAGCGUGGCCUGCCUGAUGUACGAUUGCUUGGACUGGAGGAGACAACACCGGCACUACCUGGAUAACAUGCAGAUCAUCCACGUCCCGGCCGUGGGCAAGGAAGGGUCCGCCCAGAGACCGCCCUCAGCGUCAGAGGCGCCUGCUGCAGCGAUACCGCCCAGUCCCACAGGUAAGAGGAAAGGACAAGCGGACGAGGUCCACGCCACAAUCCCACCGUCACCGCCAACCCCGACUCCAGUGGCGGUGGAGAGCCCAAUACUGACUGCAGAUGUGGAUAUGAGAUACUAUAAUGACCUGCUGGGUGACGCCCCUGAGGAACUCCUGACUGUGCCAGUUAUAAUGGACUGCAUGCUGGAGCAGGUCGUUGCGACAGAGAAGGACCUUGUGCCACCAAGUGAGAUUAUACCAGAUCCUCGAGCAGACGGCCUGGACCCCGCCAUCGCCAGCCACCUGGUUUCUGUCCUCGAUUCUCUUUCCCUCUCGGAAAAGGAGAAGAAGAAUCUCUAUAACACCUUCCUCGUCCAGGAUCAUGGUGAGAAAACUGCGCCAUCGAAGGGACCGCAUCUACUCCGCUACCACGACAAGACCAGCGAGAGGACCUACCAGGUGCAGCCUCCAGAAGCUCUGAGUGUGAACGCGGCGGAGGAAACAAUGCUGAGGAAACUCCCGAUUGCGCAAUACCUUCAGUUCCAACAUCUGGCCCCCGAAAUCAACUCCCGAAGACUGGCUCAGAUUCACGAGCUCAUGCAUUACUGUAACACAGAUCUGAUGCCGUGGGAAGCAGUGACACGGGCAUUUCAGCUCCUGACGUUUGAGAGUUUGACCCUGACGGGGUUUGAUGAGAUUGGGGAUCUGGAAGGUCCGGGAAAGAUUUUGGGGGGCGACAGUCACAUCCCCUGGGACGAUCCAGCGGCAUUUGCACGAGAAGCUCAUAGAGCGUACAGCGUCAGGAAGAUGUAUGAGAAGGCCAAUCCUGCGGAGGGAGCUGAAGUACAGAAUGUGAACUUGGCGGAGACGACGCUCCUGACGUUUGAGAGUUUGACCCUGACGGGGUUUGAUGAGAUUGGGGAUCUGGAAGGUCCGGGAAAGAUUUUGGGGGGCGACAGUCACAUCCCCUGGGACGAUCCAGCGGCAUUUGCACGAGAAGCUCAUAGAGCGUACAGCGUCAGGAAGAUGUAUGAGAAGGCCAAUCCUGCGGAGGGAGCUGAAGUACAGAAUGUGAACUUGGCGGAGACGACGGUGCGCGGCGGAAGGGAGACCCCGCACACUGACCUCAACGACAUUCAGAAGACUCGGAGGAGAUGUCUCAGUGACUGGUGCUACUCGGAACACUUUGACCCAGCGCUCCUCAUACAGGUCCUGCAGGAAGCCACAGAGUCCUACAGAUGUCUAGACUCCUAUUAUCACACCCAGGACAACUCCUUACUCCUCAUCCUCCACAACCCCAUGAGCCCGCACCGCCAGAGCCAGGAAUCCUGGGACAUGGCGCUGCAUUCCAACGUCGGCUUCAGGAACUACCUGGAAUUUGUGUCUGACUCCAUCUCACACUGGGUGCAGGAGGAGGAGGUGAUGUAUCAGGAGAGACUGGAGAAGAAGAUGGAGGCUUUGAGACUGGCCCAGAAUACACAGGACAGUGGAGCGACCUCCAGGGACGCCUCACCGAGCAAAAAGGGCAAGGGCAAAAAGUCCUCCUCGCCAAAAAAAUCUAAAAGUCCCAAAGGCAGCAAGUCCAGACCUGGAAGUAAGGAGAAAAAGGCACCACCUGCAGAGCCAGCUAAGGACCCCUUCAUUCGGGAGGACUCCCUUAAAGCCUGGAAGAUUGAGCAAGAUCGCCUAAUGGAAGAGGAACGUCUGAAGCAGGAGAAGAAAAACGCAAAAGGCAGAAAAUCCAGCGGUAAGAAAAAGUCGGCGAGCAAAGAACGCUCCAGCUCCCGGGAGAGUAAAGGGUCUGCCAGCAGGUCAAGGAAAGGCGCCAAAAAAAAGAGCGAGAAGGAGGAGGUGGUGCUGCCAGGGCCCGGGCCCGACCCCGCCGCUGCUUCCCCGGCUCCUCCUGAGACUGUGUUUAAGUUUGUCGGCUACGACGUGGGAGACAACCUGAUCCAGGUCUCUGGAGGCUGCCGAUGCCUUUACCCGACAGACGGGGGGCAGAUCCAGGUGGAACACACUCAUUUUGAGAAAGGCUCCUCCUUUGUGAAAGUGAAGCUGCUGAAGGAUGGACACAAGUUCCUGGUUCACAUUAUGAACCCGAAGAGAACCACCCCUGAGAAACCAGACGACGCUCUGCAGACGGACCAGAGUGGAAAGCCCGCCUCCAAGGCGAGAAGCGUCAGUGAGUUUGGAUCAUUCUCCGCCACACUGCAGAGCGGGAUACAGUUGUCUGUGAGCCACUAUGGCGCCUCCGGCAGAGGAACGGAGGAGAAGGAUCCAGAGCUGGAGGAGAUGCUGACCUUCCCGUCUGUUCACACUCCCAGCAUCACCCCCUCUCCACCUGCCCAACCUCCGCCCACCCCAUCCGGCAAGGGACGAAAAUCCCCCCGCAAUAAAUCACCGAGAGCUGCGCGAGUGAAGACACCGCAGGGCCCGGCAGUGGAGGAGACCCCGCGAACACCAGAGGUCCCUGUGGUGCCUGUUUUGCCUCCCAUGACUCCGCCCCCUAAACCUGCACCUGCUGUCCCCGCCUUCCAGAGCCUGAAUGUCUCCUACCCCAAUGGUCUUCUUGUGACUUUCCAGAGAGAUGACACAGAAGGUGCGACCGCCACAGAUGGGGCAACAGCUCAACCACUUCUCGUCAGACAAACUUACCCCAUAAGAGUGAGGAACGCCCAGCUGUACAAAGGGAGGAAGACCCCCGGAAUCUCUGAGAUGAGCCGCAUUGUUACACCAGAGGGCGCUGUGGUGAAGAGUAUGCUGGAUGGCUCCACAGAGGUUCUGUUUCCGGGUGGAUCAGUGAGCAGAAGUCCGGAUUCAGGUCCCGUCACUGUUCCGUGUCAGCCUGUGCCGAAGUCUGACACCCCCACUGUGGGUUCAGAGCCAGCGCCGCCUUCUGCUGGAUCUACACUAGAAUCCAAAGACCAGAAGGCAGAGUCCGUUCCCGAGCAAAAGAGAGGGAAAGGUGGGCCAAAAUUGGUGCCACCAACAGCUAAGCCGGAGCCAGCGGAGGCCCCACCCCCAGAGCCGCUGCCAGCCACACCCCCAAGGCCAACAGUACAGCCCGGAACGUGGAUCACCACCACCCCGUACGGGGAUCAGAUAGGAACGCGGGGCUCCGAGAGGCUGGACCUGAGACCUCUGCAGACUUUCAAAGCUACAGACCCUGUGAAUGGGUCGGUGGUGACGACACGGGAAGACGGGGUGGUGAUGGUGGUGAGCACAGAUGGGACCACCAUUGUGGAACACGUGGAUGGAACGAGAAUCACCACCUUCUACCAGAACGUAGACAUCCCCCUUCCAGGAGACCACGAAGAGACCGGGGAGGUGCCGCAGAGCAUCACAAAGAGAGUGAAGUUCAUUCGGGUGGAGAAUCCUGAAUUCGUCACCGUCAUUCUGAACUGUGAGGAACACACCUGCUACGCUGUAUCCGGUGACGGCACGGAGAUCCUGGCCAAGCCGCAGGCGGAAUAUCAGGUGUUUCCACCGAACUCCGGCUGCCUGUCUAUAAACCGCGAGGGCUGUGCCGACUACUGCCCGCGGACGCGCCCCUCUCCGCAAACUUCCCCCAAGGCUGACGCUCUGCCCCCGGCCACCUACAUCCUGUCUCACACUCAGAACGUGAUCUGCGAGGUGAUGGACCCGGAGGGGAACCUAUUUCAGGUGAAUGUGGACGGCAGUACGUCGGUGGUUAUCGCUGCAGGGGAAGCCGGAGAGGAGGAGGAGGAGGAGGAGGAGAAGAUUGAUAACGCUCCACCUACAUUACCGCAGCUUCAAGUGGAGACGUUUGACUUGCACGCACCCAGAUUCUUCAUUGUCCACGAAGAUGGCUCCGGCAGCGAACUUCUCCGGAAUCGGGAAGUGGAGGAUUAUCUGGCUUCCUGUUAUUGUGAGCCAGCAAUGGCUGUCUUGCGAGAGCCAACCCAGGAGGUGCCAGGUGUUCAGACCAUCACGGUCCUGCAGCCGUUUUCACAGACCUCCCCGUGGACGAUGAAGAAAGAGUUAAACAGCAUUGUUCCCCCCAACCUCCUCUCCAGAAAGUGGGACACCUUCCCCUCUUUCGAGAGGAAGACUCCCGGACCUCCGCUAGGGGUUGGUGUAUGGAAAGGACUCCGCAUCGGCGACAGAGAGGUGGCAAAAGUCCGUCCUCCGAUACUCAAGUGUCCCGAUGUUCUGAGGAUCCGUCAACUCCGCCAGUACGAACCCAUCAACAUGGAGGUGCGGGAAAAGUUGGAGCUGUCUCUGAAGCGAUACAUCGAUAAAGUUCUGAAGAAGGAAGAGGAGUUACAAGAAAUGAACAUCAAGGAGCCCAGGACAGAAGAGGAGAAAGGCAACGCAGCUGAUCUUCUCAUGCUGGUCUUGUCACUGACCGAGUCCCGGGAAUCACCACCAACUCCCACCCCGGAGCACAUUCACGAAGAUAUUGCCAGUCUGUAUGAGAAUGCCGUGCCCCCACCACCACCUCCACCCCCAGUGAUGGCCAAACCAGAGCGGAGCUUAGAGGACUGGGAUCAACUCAGGCUGGAGAUCCAGGAGCAGAAGGAUAACCUGGCCUGUAUGAGGAGCAGAGACAUCCCUCCAUACUUCAUGUCUGACAUGGCUCAGCAGUUCUUCCUGAACCAGUUACUUGUAUAUAACCCCCGCCUCUCGUGUCCUCAGGCUCCAGACAUGGACGCCCUGUCCAAGCAGGUGCCCCCGUCUUUUGCUGCCUGGGAUGAAGAGGACAAGACAGAGGAAGAGGAGGAGCUGGCACUCAGCGUCGAAGAGGAGGAGUCAGAACGUAAACUGGACGCGGAGGAAAGACCAGAGGACUUGGGGGACGCGGAACAACCCAUGCCGGCUCCUGGAAGGAUGAGCAUGUCAUCAGAUCCGGAGACAGACGGGGAAAACUUUUUCUGGCCAGAUAUGAUUCCGGCACAGACGCGUCACCGACUCAGCCGCAGCUUGACCGUAGAUGUGACGGGGAGGCCGCGGAGGGAGAAGGUGAAGCUGCCCAUGUCCAUCCUCAGCGGGAAGCCGGCAUCUGUGCCAAAUACCAAGUUUGCGGCGGUGGAAGAUCCGGUCAGACGCAGGGUGAGCACCUCCUCCACCACGCCUCCCGCAAACAGCAUUCCACGAGGAUUCCACCUCACCCCGGCGGUGGCGCAGUUUGGGACGCUCAGAGAGGGGUACACGUACGCCAUGACAGUGAUCAUAAAGAACAUCGGGGUGGAUUUCUGCAGGUUCCGGGUGAAGCCUCCACCACCCAGCAGUGGCCUGAGAGUCACCUACACCCCCGGGCCGGUGGCGGCGGGGAUGCAGACGAGACUGAACUUGGAAUUAUUUGCUAUGGCCAUCGGAUUGGACGGGCCGGAGGGGGCCGCCGAAUGUUCGCACUGCAUUGAGAUCCAGAGCGAGGUGGAGACCCUCUUCCUACCGAUCACUGCAACAGUCUUCACAGAGGGUGUGUAUGAGAGCCACAUGGAGGAUGCAGGAAACAGAGGUUUGGGGCCGGGGGUGAAGCUGGUCAGUAGCAGCCUCCAGGCUAGAGUGGAACUUCUCAGAUCCAGAAAAACAGUAGAAACGGGUCCAUCUUCAGGCCUCUGA